AUGACCGAGGAAUCAACUUCUCCCCAGAUUUCGGUCAGUUUCGUGUCAGAAGACGAAAAUGAGCUCGGCGGCUCGGGAAUCCUAGUUCCAGUGGAUAUUUCAACAAACCAAUUGCAAAUUCUGUGUAAUCAGUUGCUCGGAAACAGCGACGACCCGGUGCCGAUCUCGUUCUUCACCACAGAAGGUGCCGAAAUUGUGGAUACAGUGCGGAAAUCGCUUGAAAAAAUCGAUUUUGAGACUACUCUGAAGCUCGUUUAUCAGCCACAAGCCGUGUUUCGUGUACGUCCGGUGACUAGAUGUUCCGCGAGCAUUCCAGGUCACGGUGAGCCAGUGAUCUCCGCUCAAUUCAGUCCAGACGGUCGUGGUCUCGCAUCCGGAUCCGGUGACCAGACGAUGAGAAUCUGGGAUAUCGAGCUGGAAUUGCCACUCCACACAUGCAAAUCUCACAAAAAUUGGGUUUUAUGCAUUGCGUGGUCGCCGGACGCUUCGAAAAUCGCCUCUGCCGACAAGAAUGGAGAAAUUUGUGUUUGGAAUGCGAAAACUGGAGAACAGAUUGGAAAAACGCUGAAAAGACAUAAGCAAUGGGUUACUAGUCUCGCGUGGCAACCGAUGCACAAAGACGCGACAUGUCGCCUCCUCGCCUCAUCUGGAAAAGACGGAAACAUCUUCAUCUGGGAUACUGUAAAAGGGGCGGUCGUUCGGUGUCUGAGUGGUCACACCGCCUCAGUCACAUGUCUCCGUUGGGGUGGAGAGGGAUUGAUCUAUUCGGGUUCACAGGACCGAACCGUCAAAAUGUGGCGUGCCGAGGAUGGUGUCAUGUGCCGUAAUAUGACAGGCCACGCCCACUGGAUUAACACUUUGGCACUGAAUACCGAUUAUGCGCUGAGAACUUCGUGUUUCGAGCCAAGCAAGCGAUGUGUUAAGCCGGAUAGUGUGGAGGAGUGCCAAAAAGUGGCUCAACAACGAUACGACGCGGCGAUGAAGAUCGCCGGCGGUGAGCGUCUCGUCUCAGGAUCCGACGACUUCACUCUAUUCAUGUGGAAUCCGAAAGAGACGAAACAGUCGGUGAAUCGGAUGACUGGACACAUGCAACUCGUGAAUCAAGUCGUCUUCUCACCGGAUACUCGAUAUAUUGCGUCCGCUUCGUUUGAUAAAUCUGUCAAGUUGUGGUGUGGACGGACUGGAAAGUAUAUCGCCUCGUUGAGAGGCCACGUGGGUCCAGUAUACCAAGUCGCCUGGUCAGCUGACAGCCGUCUUCUCGUCUCAGGAUCCGCUGAUUCGACGUUGAAAGUGUUCGAAUUGAAGACGAAAAGUCUGUAUUAUGAUCUACCGGGACACGGAGAUGAGGUGUAUACUGUCGAUUGGAGUCCAGAGGGAACGAAAGUUGUCAGUGGCGGGAAAGACAAGGUGUUGAAGUUGUGGAGACAAUAA